AACCAGGAAACAGUUUGUUCCUCGUCACUAAAGAGACACAGGCUGAAAAACAUUUGAUCAGAUUCACCUUCAGACCAAACUAACAGCUUCCUCUGAGUGAGUCCAGCUACAGGAGAGAAAAGAGGAAAACUACAACACUGCUGCUUCAACCUGCUGACUCUCCACACACUGAAGCUUCACUCAGACUAAAUGGCUUCCAGAUCAGAGGAGGAUCUCUGCUGUCCGGUCUGUCAGGAGGUCUUUAGAGAUCCUGUUGUUCUGUCAUGUAGCCACAGCUUCUGUAAAGACUGUCUGAAGAGAUGGUGGAGAGAGAAACCAACACCAGACUGUCCAGUUUGUAAGAGAAGAUCUUCAAGAGAAAAUCCACCUGUUAGUCUGGUGUUAAAGAACCUGUGUGAGUCCUUCUUACAGGAGAGAGAUCAGAGAUCUUCAGAGGCUCUCUGCAGUCUGCACUCUGAGAAACUCAAACUCUUCUGUCUGGACCAUCAGCAGCCAGUGUGUGUCGUCUGCAGAGAUUCAGAAAAACACUCCAACCACAGAUUCAGACCCAUCGAUGAAGCUGCACGACAACACAAGAAGGAACUUCAGGAAACUCUGAAGUCCUUAAAGAAGAAGUUAAAGAGUUUAGAAGAAGUUAAAGUGAAGUUUGAUCAAACAGCAGAACACAUUAAGGUCCAGGCCCGACACACAGAGAGGCAGAUUAAGGAGCAGUUUAAGAAGCUUCACCAGUUUCUAGAAGAGGAAGAGGAGGCCAGGAUGGCUGCACUGAGGGAGGAAGAGGAGCAGAAGAGUCAGAUGAUGAAGGAGAAGAUGGAGGCUCUGAGCAGAGAGAUAGCAGCUCUUUCACACACAGUCAGAGCCACAGAGGACGAGCUGAGAGCUGAAGACGUCUCAUUCCUCAACAACUACAAGGCUGCAGUGGAAAGAGUCCAGCAGCGCCCCCUGCUGGAGGAUCACCAGCUGCUCUCAGGAGCUCUGAUAGACCAGGCCAAACACCUGGGCAACCUGACCUUCAACAUCUGGAACAAGAUGAAGGACAUGGUCUCCUACAGUCCUGUGGUUCUGGAUCCAAACACUGCUCAUCCAAGACUCAUCCUGUCUGAAGAUCUGACCAGUGUGAGACAUGGAGAGGAACAGCAGCUUCCUGACAAUCCAGAGAGAUUUGAUUAUUGCUGGUCUGUCCUGGGCUCUGAGGGUUUUAACUCAGGGACUCACAGCUGGGAUGUCGAGGUUGGAGACAAUACAGUCUGGAGACUGGGUGUGUUAGCAGAGUCUGUCCAGAGGAAGGGAUUCAUACAGUCUGGAUUAUGGGGAAUAUGGCUGUAUGAAGGUAACUACUUUGAACUCUCACCACCAGCUUCAAUAACUAUUCUCUCAGUUAAGAAGAAGCUUCCAGAGGAUCAGAGUGAAUCUGAACUGGAACAGAAGAAAGUUGUCGUUCUCUGAUCCUGAUACUAACACACACA